AUGCAGACGUUUGUGAACUCGCGGGCGACCCUGGCUGGCGCGACUAUGUUCUCUGUCGGUUCCAUCGCCUGGUACACCCACCUUUACGGCAGCCUCCCGUUCAUCGGCGAAGUUCACGCGAGCUCGCUCGCUGAAGAGGGUCUGCACCCGGCCACUUACCCCUGGUCGCACAAGGGCUGGUUAGACAGCUUCGACCACGCGAGUAUUCGUCGCGGCUACCAGGUGUACCGCGAAGUUUGCUCGUCCUGCCACUCGCUCGACCGCAUCGCAUGGCGCAAUCUUGUGGGCGUUUCGCACACCGUCGACGAGGUCAAGGCGAUGGCCGAGGAGGUCGAGUACACCGACGGUCCCGACGACCAGGGCGAGAUGUUCCAGCGUCCCGGCAAGCUGUCCGACUACAUGCCCGCGCCGUACCCGAACGAGGAGGCCGCCCGCGCCGCCAACGGCAACGCGCUUCCUCCGGAUCUGAGUCUGAUGGCCAAGGCCCGCCAUGGCGGCAUCGACUACAUUUUCUCCCUCCUUACCGGCUACCAGGACCCCCCGGCGGGCGUUGAGCUCCCCGAAAACAUGAACUACAACCCUUACUUCCCGAACGGAGCCAUCGCCAUGGCCCGUGUCCUCUUUGACGGUCUCGUCGAGUACGAGGAUGGCACCCCUGCCACCACCUCUCAAAUGGCCAAGGACGUCUGCACUUUCCUCAACUGGGCCGCCGAGCCCGAGCACGACGAGCGCAAGAAGUCCGGCCUCAAGGCCGUCAUCCUCUUCUCCGCGCUGACCGUGAUCUCGCUCUACGCCAAGCGCUUUAGGUGGGCGACCAUCAAGACCAGGAAGAUCUCUUACAAUCCUCCCGCGGACAAGACGCACUAA